AUGACAUAUUUCCUGAUUGUCGGCGGUAUCAGCAUGUACCUGGCACGAACCGAUCUGCUAGCUUUUGUGGACUUGGUUCACGCCUACACUUUCGCCUCAUCCUUAUGGAUCCUCAUAAUAGUUCACCACGUUUUCAAACUACCGUUUGCCCACCAGUACCUUCAAAUCGUAGACGCUGGCAUAUUUGAAUACACAACCGCACAUGGUAACCAAGAUUACGAGAAACUUAGGAAAGCUGGUACACUUUACAACAAAAUUUUCCAACUAAUAUUCAAUCUAGCUCUGGUUAUGAUAUUCAUUGUUCUAUCGUUUGUAGCACCCACUAUGACAAACAUUUUCGGGGGAGAAGAUCGAAAGAAAAUUGAAGAACUGAACUACAACCUUCCCGUACCUUGCUGGAUGCCUUUCAACACAGAAAGCCCCCUUGGUUUUACUAUUGCAUACACAUUACUACUAGUUCAAUUCAGUUUAAUCUUCUUCGUCGUAUCAGCUGCAGUCCCUUUUUUAUUCCAUGGUGCAGUAGAGGUGAGCAUUCAAUACAAAAUACUCAAAAUUUCCAUAACAAGUUUGGAAUCACGAGCUUUGGAACAGUACAGAUCCAGAUGUAAGGUGGGUGAAUGUGAGGUUGAUAUGUUGAGAGGUGAUCCGAUGUAUGAGAGAUGUUUACAAGAAUGCCUAAAGGAGAAUAUAUUGCAUCAUAUUAAAAUUUUACGGUGAGUUAUUACUGUAGUUCCAAACAUACCGUAAUAAGUUGUGCUUACU